GAGCGACAGUACGAUAAGACUGAACCAGGCACUGUACACCGACUACUCCAAUGGGGAAACGUUUGACGACGAGUUACAGACGAUCACUGCCGGUAUUCCUAGCUACAAGUAUGCCAACGGUACCAGUGCCACCGCGAUGUCGAUGUCGGGCAGUGUGACCAAAGCCACCGCCAAUGGAGAGCUGAAGGAAAACCGUUUGAUUAACGGUCGUUGGUUGCACAACAGUAGCUUACCCGUGCAGCUACGUCCCAAUCAACAGCAACAGCAGCAACACCAGCAGCAUUCCACGGGAUUCUCAAGCCAAGGUUCAGGUGCAAAUCAGGGACACUCUUUGUCGCGAGUACUGCUCACUGCUCCACCGAUAGCAUUUACCGGUGCAGUUCCGCGCGUUAGUUUACACACGAACGGCAUCGUCCACCAGUCGGUUAGCACGACCACGACGAUCGUCAAUCAAUCGGUAAGAAAACGAAUGUCCGUGCCUAGGGCCAGUGCAACGGUAGCGACCGCCAAUGCAGGAGCCACGCUAGCUGGCGCAAAUCUCCAGUAAAACAAUUCAAUCCGCUCCGGCGAGAGGAACCGAUGUGCAAGUACCUCAACUGGUGGCUCACGGGCUAGAAGCAUGUAUAAAGCCCCUGUUCCAGCUUUAGAUGGAUCCGACGUGGAAAGAAUAGAAACAAUGCAAACUCUAGUAAGGAUCUCUCGCCUCAAUCUGAGCUAAUCUCGUGACAUGAUUAAUCCGUCAUUCCGGCCGAUGCUCUCUGAUCCGUCUCACUCCCGCAUACCGCCACGCUCAAUCUUCGUACGAUCGAGGUUCGCACAAAGGAUGCAGCAGUGAUGGUUUUAUGAUGGCUCUGCCGCGCUCCGUAAACAUCAUUCCCUAACUGGAUGCGACUGGUGGCCGGACGCAGACCGCGUGUACUCGUCUUUUUGUAAAGAUCGUUUUAAGCCAUUCUUUCUCUAUAGGUAUAUCUCAGUUUUUUUUACCUUUCUUCUGGUUUUCCAAAGCGGUAAAGUUAUUCUCUUGAACGCCGGUAAAGUACGAACCGACUCAGCAGCAUCGCUAUAAAGAUGGAAAAUGGGGAUGGAUUUGUUUCCCAUUGAAGAUGUUAGUAGUUUAUGAUAGCUUCAUAAAUCAUGUAAAUACCUAAUGAAGUCGCAGCCACGCAGAUGUCGUUGUAGCUGUUGUAUAGAAAAAUGUCGGGCUCAAGUACCAGCAGUAAAUUAUUGAUCGAUUAAGAUAAUACAAACGACAAGAUGAUUAAGAACAGCGAGAGAUAAUGUACAUAUCUAAUGUCGGUAAAGCUUAAUAAACGACUUAAAGAAAUGGA